AUGGCUUCCAAAUACACCCUCCCAGAUCUACCCUACGACUACGAUGCCCUCGAACCCAUCAUCUCCAAACAAAUCAUGGAACUCCACCACAAAAAGCACCACCAGACCUAUGUAAACAACCUAAACGCCGCCCUCGCUUCUCAAGCCUCCGCUCUCGACAGCAACGACAUCACCCAGCUCAUCAGCAUCCAGCAGAAACUCAAGUUCAACGGCGGCGGCCACAUCAACCAUUCUCUGUUCUGGAAGAACUUGGCUCGCUACGACUCCCCGGCCACUAACCUGGAGAGAUCCGCCCCGAGCCUCAAAGACGCCAUCGAGAAGCAGUGGGGAUCAGUCAAAAACUUCACGGAUGCGUUUGAGGCGGUGCUGCUGGGCAUCCAAGGCAGCGGAUGGGGCUGGCUGGUGAGUUCGGGUAAGACGGGAUUCCUUGAGAUUGUCACCACGAAGGAUCAGGAUCCAGUGACGGGACCGAUUCCGGUGUUCGGAGUGGAUAUGUGGGAACAUGCUUAUUAUCUGCAGUACUUGAACAACAAAGCCUCCUACGUGCAGAACAUCUGGAAGGUGAUUAACUGGGAAGAAGCGGAGCAUCGGUAUCUGAAUGGUACGGAGGAACUGGGUUCGUUGAAGUUGUAG